GCAGAACAUUGUGUUGAUCCUGAGACUGGCAGCAGCAGCAGCCUUCAGUGGUACCACAGGGAGAUGUUGAACAUCAGUGAGCUGCCUCUGCAGGCUUCGGACCGUCUACUGCAGCCAUUCUGGGAUUAUUUGCUUUUACACCACCUGCAUCUCAUCGCAUCUCCCUUUUUCCCUGUCCUACUCGCCUCCACCAGCUAUGUAUGCUUCAGCAUACCUUUUGCUGCGCUGGACCUCUUGGGAGAAAGAGUGCCUUUAUUCCAUCAGUACAAGAUCCAACCAGACAGUCAGCCAACAGUGGGAAUGAUGGCCAAGAGCUUCAUGACAGCACUGUACAACCACAUAUUCUUUGUUCUGCCAUCUGUAAUAAUUAGCAUGUUCAUACUGCCUACACCAAUACUGCCAAAGGAUGCUCCUACUCUGUAUGAAGUAUUUGUUGAUGGAUUGGCUAUACUUCUCCUCUUUGACACUCAAUACUAUAUUUGGCAUGUUAUACAUCACAAGCAGCCACAGCUUUACCGGUGGAUUCAUGCAGUCCACCAUGAAUACAAGGCUCCUUUCUCUUGGUCGACUGAGCAGCUCAGCCCCCAAGAACUGAUUUCUGUUGGACUCUGGAGCAACCAGGACCCAAUUCUUUUAAAAAGCCACCCAUUGACCGCAUGGUGCAUCACAGUUUUCAGUAUCUGGAUGUCUGUGGAGGACCACAUAGGCUAUGACCUGCCGUGGACUCUCAACCACCUGGUGCCUUUUGGUCUGCUGGGCGGUGCACCGGCUCAUGACAUGCACCACCAGAAGCCGAGCAGCAACUACGCUCCUUUCUUCAGCCACUGGGACAGAAUCUUUGGCACUGCUGCUCAUCAGAAGAAAAAGACUAUGAAAGUUCUGUAAAUAUCGCAUGUUAUUGUUGUUUUUUUAGCACCGUCACAUUCACAAUACAAUUUUUUUUUACUAUUAAUUUUAUAGCACUUGCUGAGUCUUUGCUGCUGCUCCUCCAGGUGUUUUAUUCUGAGGUUAU